CAAUUAUUACGGGUUCUCUAUGUUUCUCUGAUUAUUUAUGAGCAAUCUGUGGAAUUAUUUUAAAAAAUGGCAGCGUUGGGUUUGCUGAACAGAAAUUACUUAAAAUUUUGUUCUAGUGUUAAAUUGCAUGCAUAUGGAGGAGUUCUUGGUGUCAUCGUUCCACACCGAGGUGCCAAACGAUGGACACCUGAUGAAGAUUUCAUGAAGCAGUUUGCAGGUCCUGUGAUGUUCCCGGACGAAGUAACAUCUAGGUGGAAAGUUCCCCCAUGGAGUGGUAAGGUUGCUCCUGUUGAAAAGAAAGUACGCAAUUUGACUCUCAACUUUGGGCCCCAACACCCAGCUGCUCAUGGUGUUUUGCGUCUCGUACUGCAGCUUGAAGGCGAGACUGUAUUGCGGGCCGACCCACAUAUUGGUCUGUUGCAUCGAGGAACGGAGAAGUUGAUCGAGUACAAGACAUAUAUGCAGGCCUUGCCUUAUUUUGAUCGUCUGGACUACGUCUCAAUGAUGUGUAAUGAACAGUGCUUUUCAUUGGCCAUCGAGAAAUUAUUAAAUAUUGAAGUUCCUAGAAGAGCCAAGUACAUACGUGUUCUGUUUGCGGAAAUAACACGACUUUUGAAUCACCUUAUGGCAGUUGGAACUCAUGCUCUUGAUGUUGGUGCUUUGACACCGUUUUUCUGGAUGUUCGAAGAGAGAGAGAAAAUGAUGGAAUUCUAUGAACGUGUUUCAGGAGCACGUAUGCAUGCUGCUUACAUUCGACCAGGUGGUGUGUCGCAAGAUUUGCCUCUUGGUCUGAUGGACGACAUAUACGAGUUUGUCAGCAAGUUUGCUGAAAGACUGGAUGAGGUUGAAGAUGUUUUGACAACCAACAGAAUAUGGGUGCAGCGAACAAGAGAUAUAGGCAUCGUGUCUGCGGAGGAUGCCCUGAACUACGGCUUCAGUGGGGUGAUGUUGCGUGGUUCAGGAAUCAAGUGGGAUUUACGCAAAACACAACCCUACGAUGCUUACGACGAAAUGGAGUUUGAUGUUCCCAUCGGCACUGCAGGAGACUGUUAUGAUAGGUACUUGUGUCGAAUGGAGGAAAUGAGGCAGUCUCUGAGGAUAAUUGAACAAUGUCUCAACAAAAUGCCUCAAGGAGAAAUCAAAACUGAUGAUAUGAAAGUAACAAACCCAUCGAGAGAAGAAAUGAAGACUUCAAUGGAAGCUCUUAUCCAUCACUUCAAACUUUUCACACAGGGGUUUGCCGUGCCACCUGGGUCUACUUACACAGCAAUAGAAGCUCCCAAAGGAGAGUUUGGUGUUUAUCUUGUGUCUGAUGGAAGUUCGAGGCCUUAUCGGUGCAAAAUAAAGGCACCUGGCUUUGCUCACUUGGCCGCACUAGAGAAAGUUGGCAAAUAUCACAUGCUCGCAGAUAUUGUGGCUAUCAUUGGUACACUAGAUGUUGUUUUUGGUGAAAUUGAUCGAUGAAACAAUUUUCAAACAUUGUAGUCAGUGUAAAUAUUAAAAGUGUGAUAGGCCUCAGACCUUGAAAAUUUUUGUUGGUUAACUCAGUUAACUUGGGAAGUAUUAAAUAUCAUAUGUAAGUUAUUUAAUGAAACUUCUGUGGGAUUGUACAGGUAUGUAAUUUUUGGUUUUGCUGAACUUUAAAAUACUUCCUGUCAGACUACUGCUGUACCCUCCACCACAACUGUAUUAUGUAUAUUAAUAUUAUUGAACAUCUAUUUGAAUCAUGGUAAAACACAUGAUAGAAAUAAAUAAAAAUAAAGUUAAGAGCAUUCAGAAA